AAGUACAUACACACUUGAAGCACGAGCAGCCUCUCAGUUGCAGCCAAGCCAGCUGUGCAGCGAGAGAAGCACAGUGUGUGUGCAGCUGAGAGCAGGCGUCAGCGGAAUGGAUCCAAACAGUGAAAUUGGCAUGCAUCAAAGCGGACAUUUGGAUGAGGUGAUUUUACAACCAAUGGAAUAUGUGAAGAGAAAAACACUCCAGAGAUACAAGAUCAUCUGUGGUGUUCUGCUAAGUGCUUUGGUGGUUGUAUCUCUGGGACUAGGUCUGGGACUGGGACUAAACCGUGGAGCCCAGGAGCAAGUCAGCUGCAGACACAAGUGCAACGAGCCCUAUCGGAAAGAGGUGGCAGGCUGCCAGUGUGAUAGCAGCUGCGAGGAGCGUCAGGACUGCUGCUGGGACUAUGAAGAUGCCUGCGUGGAGCCAACUCGAUCCUGGAGUUGCACUAAUUUCCGUUGUGGUGAGACAAGAUUACCUGGAAGUUAUUGUUCUUGUUCUGAUGACUGUUUGCAGGAAAAUGACUGCUGUGUAAACUACAAUACUGUUUGCAAAGGUGAAAUACCUUGGGUAGAAGAACCGUGUAUUUCACUUGAAACUCCUCAGUGUCCAGCUGGAUUUGAUCUGCCACCACUUAUCCUUUUCUCAAUGGAUGGUUUUAGAGCAGAAUAUCUGCAAACAUGGAGUUCUUUGCUGCCAAAUAUUGAAAAGCUCAAAACAUGUGGCACACAUUCAAAAUACAUGAGAGCUGCUUACCCCACAAAAACAUUUCCAAACCACUAUACUAUUGUCACAGGAUUGUAUCCAGAAUCUCAUGGUAUUAUUGAUAACAACAUUUAUGAUGUAGAUUUGAACAAGCAUUUCUCACUUUCAAGCACAGAAAAAUUUGAGCCUUCAUGGUGGCAGGGUCAGCCAAUAUGGCUGACAGCAAUGUACCAAGGUCUGAAAGCAGGCACCUUCUUCUGGCCAGGCUCUGAUGUUCCAAUUAAUGGUACAUACCCCAACUUUUUCUAUUUAUUCAACGGUUCAGUUGCGUAUGAAGAGAGAAUUUCAGGAAUACUAAAAUGGCUUGAUAAAACCAAAUCUGAGAGGCCUGAUUUCUACACUUUGUAUAUUGAAGAACCAGAUACUUCUGGACAUUCAUUUGGACCAGUUAGCGGUGGUGUAAUCAAAGCUUUACAGCUAGCAGAUCAAACGCUGGGAAUGCUAAUGGAGGGGCUUAAACAGAGAAACCUUCACAACUGUGUAAACCUCAUUGUUUUAGCUGAUCAUGGGAUGGAUAUGACCUACUGCAGCCAAUUAGAAUACAUGACUAAUUACUUCAGUGAGAUUAAUUUCUACAUAUAUGCUGGGCCUGCAGCUCGCAUUCGAGCACGCAUCGUUCCACAGAACUAUUAUACUUUUGACUCAGAAGGAAUUGUUAAAAACCUCACAUGCAAAAGGUCACCUCAACACUUUAAGCCCUAUCUGACACCUAACUUGCCAAAACGAUUUCAUUAUGCUAACAACAUUCGUAUUGAUAAAGUUCAUCUUCUGGUGGAUCGACAGUGGCUGGCUGUGAGGGACAACAGUUACACAUUUUGUGAUCAGGGUAACCAUGGUUAUGACAAUGAAUUUAAAAGUAUGGAGGCUAUAUUCCUAGGAUAUGGCCCAGGCUUUAAAGAAAAAACAGAAGUGGAUGCUUUUGAAAACAUAGAGGUUUACAACCUUAUGUGUGAUCUGCUGCAAAUUACACCAGCACCAAACAAUGGCACACAUGGUAGCUUAAAUCAUCUGCUAAAAAAACCUUUUUACAGCCCUUCAUAUGCAAAAGAAGAGUCAUCUCCUGUUUCAUGUCCGGUUUCCCAUCUGACUCCCGUAGAUGAACUGGAAUGCACAUGCCAGGGUGUGACAAAUGCUUCAGAAAUUAACGAGAGGUUAAAUCUCACCACAGAUGAAAUAAAGAAUGCAACUUUAUAUAAUUUGCCAUAUGGGAGACCUCAAGUUCUUCAGAAAGAAAGCACCUACUGCCUCCUUCCCCAUCAUCAGUAUGUGAGUGGAUACAGUCAUGAUAUCUGGAUGCCACUAUGGACUGCGUACACUGUGACUAAUCCUGAAAGCACAUCUUCUCUUCCUCCCACUGUUUCAGACUGUCUGCGGGCUGAUGUUAGAAUCCCCGUUGCUCAUAGCCAAAAUUGUUCCAACUACCCAGAAGGGCUGGACUUGACCUAUGGUUUCCUCUACCCUCCCAAUUUCAAUUCAUCUGCACUUGAACAAUAUGAUGCCUUACUCACCAGCAACAUUGUUCCCAUGUAUAGAGCUUUUAAAGACAUAUGGGACUAUUUCCAUGAUGAACUUCUUCAGAAGUAUGCUAGAGAAAGGAAUGGAGUAAAUGUUAUCAGUGGACCAGUGUUUGAUUACAAUUAUGAUGGCCAUUUUGAUACUCUUGAUGAAAUUACACAGCAUGUAAACAACACACAAAUCCCUGUCCCAACCCAUUACUUUGUGAUUCUGACCAGCUGCAAGAACACAUCCUAUACUCCACUGAACUGUGCAGGCUCCUUGGAUGCUUUGUCCUUCAUCAUUCCUCAUCGACCUGACAAUACUGAAAGCUGCGCUGAUAACAGGUCGCCUUCUGAAUGGGUUGAAGAAAGAGUUCAGGCCCAUUCCGCUCGUGUUCGGGAUGUGGAGCUGCUCACUGGACUUGACUUUUACCAGGAAAGACAGGAACCUAUCUCUGAGAUCUUACAGCUAAAGACAUUUUUGCCAACAUUUGAGACUGAAAUCAACUGAAUUUCAGUUUAAAAAGUGCCAGUAUUUGGAAGGAAGAAAAUCAAAAUGAUUUAACUUUUACCUGAGUAAAUAUGAGGGAAAUGUAACUACAGCACCUCAUCAAGAAAAGACACAUGCACAGCUAAUUUCUUUCCUUUCCUUUCCUUUCCUUUCCUUUCCUUUCCUUUCCUUUCCUUUCCUUUCCUUUCCUUUCCUUUC